GGGUGUGGAGGCUGAAGCACGACCCCGAGCACGGAGAGGCAGGACGGAGAACGCCCCUGGCCAAAGACCACCCCCGGGGAGACCCCCAAUAGGGACAGGGGCAGAGAGACGCCUCCAGGGGCAGAAACCCUAGGAGGCAAAUACCCCCGGGAGAUAUUUCGCCCGCCCCAGACGGAGAGCGCCGCCCAGAGUGGGACGAGGACAGACGGUCAGAGGACAACGCCCCCCAUGUGGCCUGGGAGACCCCGAAGCGACCCCGGGGACGGCAGGCGGCAUGUGUGGGCCAGGGCGACCUCUUCUUGGUCCGCGGCGAUGGGGACACGGGCCCGGCGGGGCCUCCUCUUUCUCCUCCUCCUCCGCCCGCUGCUGCCGCCACGCGGGGCCUCCGCAGGGAGCCUGCAUAGCCCAGGCCUGUCCGAGUGCUUCCAGGUGAAUGGCGCCGACUACCGCGGCCACCAGAACCGCACGGGCCCGCGUGGGGCCGGCCGUCCCUGCCUCUUCUGGGAUCAGACGCAGCAGCACAGCUACAGCAGCGCCAGCGACCCCCAGGGCCGCUGGGGGCUGGGUGCUCACAACUUCUGUCGGAACCCCGACGGAGACGUGCAGCCGUGGUGCUACGUGGCCGAGUCGGAGGAGGGCAUCUACUGGCGCUACUGCGACAUCCCCACGUGCCACAUGCCCGGGUACCUGGGCUGCUUCGUGGACUCGGGGGCACCCCCGGCCCUCAGCGGCCCUAGUGGCACCUCCACGAAGCUCACGGUCCAGGUGUGCCUUCGCUUCUGCCGCAUGAAAGGCUACCAGCCCGAUUCCCACUUCCGACCCCGACCCCUGGCUUCCACCACCCCACCCCUACCUCGGCCCCUGCCUCUGGGGUCACCUGGUCUGUGCCCCCAGCUGGCGGGCUUGGAGGCUGGCUACGCCUGUUUCUGUGGCUCUGAAAGCGACCUGGCCCGGGGACGCCCGGCCCCGGCCACCGACUGUGACCAGAUCUGCUUCGGCCACCCGGGCCAGCUGUGCGGCGGCGAUGGGCGCCUGGGCAUCUACGAAGUGUCCGUGGGCUCCUGCCAGGGGAACUGGACCGCGCCUCAGGGUGUCAUCUACUCCCCGGACUUCCCGGACGAGUACGGGCCGGACCGGAACUGCAGCUGGGCGCUGGGCCCGCCGGGCGCCGCGCUGGAGCUCACCUUCCGCCUCUUCGAGCUGGCCGACCCACGCGACCGGCUGGAGCUGCGCGACGCCGCCUCGGGCAGCCUGCUCCGCGCCUUCGACGGCGCCCGCCCGCCGCCGCCCGGGCCGCUGCGCCUGCGUGUCGCCGCGCUGCUGCUCACCUUCCGCAGCGACGCGCGCGGCCACGCGCAGGGCUUCGCGCUCACCUACCGCGGGCUGCAGGACGCCGCCGAGGACUGGGCGGCCCCCAAGGGCUCGGCCCAGACCCCCGCAGCGCCCCCCGACGGGGCCAACGUGAGCUGCAGCCCCAGGCCUGGGGCUCCAGAAGCUGCGAUGGGGGCCCGGGUCUUCUCGACGGUGACGGCCGUCUCAGUGCUGCUGCUGCUGCUGCUGUCGGUGCUGCGCCUGCUGCGCCGACGGAGCUGUCUGCUGGCUCCAGGAAAAGGGGCCCCCGCGUUGGGUCCUUCCCGAGGCCCUGGGAGAAGCUUGGCCGUGUGGUACCGCCGGCCUCGAGGGGUGGCCCUGCCCUGCCCCCCCGGGGACCCCCAGGCUGAGGGUCUAGCCGCGAGUUACCGGCCCCUGAGCGCCUCCAGCCAGAGUUCCCUGCGCUCACUCAUCUCUGCUCUCUGACUCGGGACCCCCAGGGUCCACCGAACCCUCCGCCGGCGGGAUGGACACCUGAGACGCUAUGCCGCACUCGGCCUUUGGUCACCUCGUGGAGGACAGACAUCAAACAGGAAGUAUCUGGUGUUAUUAUUGGGAACUUGGCCUGAUCCUCGGAGUCCAGAUGGACAAGGCCAAAGGACAAGAGGAAUCCGGUUACCCUCCUCAUAGACCUUAAUAUGGGGGUCUCUGAUUUCACGGGUCUUUGAGACCCUCUUGGGGGUGGUCCUGGACUGCUGCCCUAAGUGAAAUGUGAGAGGUCAACAAAAGUGGUCAAAAGACCAGCCAUGGACUUUGAAUAAAGGACCUAUUUUGGUAUAGGGCUCCGCCAAGUUCUUACAUGAUGGGAAGGGCUAUGUUAAUAAGG